GGCUGUCCCUGCGCCACUCAUGAGGGGAGUGGUGGCUCCCCAAAGACACAUCUGCGUCUGGGUCCUGGGAAAGUAUCGUGUUAUAUGGGCUUCCUGUUCCCGCAGAUUGGACUGUGGUCCCUGGAGGCGCUGCUUCUUCAAAGGGACAGAUGACGGGUCCCAGGCGCUUUCAGGGUCCUGUGCCACAGACUGAAGCUCUUUGCGGAAGACCCCAGGAGGCAGGUUGCUCCCUAACCACCCACUUCCUCUAUCUGAGAUAAGGGGUUCACAGAUCUACCAGGAGGAGAGGGCAGAGGGACUAAUGAUGCUGUGGCUGGUGUUCCUGACCUUCCCCUGCGUGGGGGCCUCCAUCCCCAUGACCCCUGACCCCCGCCCAGGACGGGAGCUGGCAGGCAUCAUCGGGGGCUGCCCUGUCUCGGCCUGGAGGUUCCCGUGGCAGGUCAGCCUGAGGUUCUACAGCAGGCGCAGCCAGCGGUGGGAGCACAUCUGCGGGGGAUCGCUCAUCCACCCACAGUGGGUGCUGACCACUGCCCACUGUGUUGAUCCGCAGGAGCUGGAAGCCUGCACCUUCAGGGUCCAGGUUGGGCAGCUGAGGCUCUAUGAGGAUGACCGGCUGACGAAGGUGGCUCAGAUCAUCCGCCACCCCAAGUACAAUGAGAGCCUGUCGGCCCCAGGGGGUGGAGACAUCGCCCUGCUGAGACUGGAGGCCCCUGUGGCACUGUCAGAGCGCGUCCACCCCGUCUCUCUCCCAGAGGCCUCCUUGAGGGUCUCCCAGGGGAAGACCUGCUGGGUGACCGGCUGGGGUGACAUCAGAAUUGGAGAGCCCCUUCCCCAGCCCUUCCACUUGCAGGAGGUGGAGGUGAAGGUCAGGAGUGACCGGUACUGUCAGCAGGCCUAUCGUCAUACCUUCCGCCCUGAGCACGCCGGCCAGCUCACCAAGGGGGACGUACUGUGUGCUGGGAGCCAGAACCGUGGCCCCUGUUUGGGUGACUCUGGAGGCCCCCUGGUGUGCAAGUGGAACUGCACCUGGGUGCAAGUGGGUGUGGUGAGCUGGGGUAACGUCUGUGGUCACUGUGCCCUCCCUGGCAUAUACACCCGCGUGAUGAGCUACGUGUCUUGGAUCCACCACUAUGUUCCCCAAUUUCCUGCGCCCUCCCCAGUGGGGUCCUCCUGAAGGAAGAGACUCCCCAAUCUCCCUUGAUACCUCUUCAGGGCCUUGCCCAUCCCAGCCUCACUGCGUAAUGCCCUGUGAUUGUCCCCACCCUCCCUCCCUGAUCCGGAUCGUGGCUGCACCUCAUCCCCUUCCUGCCCUCCAGGGAGAGCAGGGGAGGUCCUGAAGGCUCUCAUCACCCUGGAAGUGGGUGUGCACUGAAUGGGCAUGGAGGGCCGGGGUCUGCCU